CUACAGUCAGGGGCAGAUCCAGAGGGGAAGCAGUGGUGCAGGCACACCUUCCCAUCCCCUUUUCAACCAUGCCCUUAGAGCAGCAGUCACAGACUUGUCAAAGAAGAUUUCUGUAAAUAGUAGAAACAAUAAAGAGAGAUCCAUCUCACUGUGAUGCUGAACUGUGAUGACCAACUCCAGAGGUUUCGAUAGAAAUUGAAUAUGGCUUAGCAGGACUGAUCUUCAGAGAACUAAUGAUGUCCUCAGGUACCAGGAGCCGCAAGAACCGGCAGGCUCUGAGCCUGCAGGGAGUUGACCCAGAAACAUGCAUGAUUGUGUUUAAAACACACUGGGCACAGGUUGUGAAAAUCUUAGAGAAGCAUGACCCUUUGAAAAACACUCAGGCAAAAUAUGGGGUGAUCCCACCUGAUGAGGCCAGCACUGUGCAAAAUUAUGUGGAGCAUAUGCUCUUCUUAUUAAUUGAGGAGCAAGGAAAGGAUGCCUCAAUGGGGCUCAUCCUGGAGUUUGUGGUCACAGAGAACAUCAUGGAGAAGCUCUUCCUUUGGAGCCUGAGACGGGAGUUCACUGAUGAGACAAAAAUUGAACAGCUAAAGAUGUAUGAGAUGCUGGUCACUCAAUCCCAUCAGCCUUUGCUGCACCACAAGCCAAUUCUGAAGCCUUUGAUGAUGCUGCUGAGCUCUUGCUCAGGAACGGCCACACCAGAUGUGGAGGUGGAGCUGGUUGUCCUGCUGAACCAACUCUGCUCCAUCAUAGCCAAAGAUCCUUCCAUUUUGGAACUGUUUUUCCACACCAGUGAAGACCAAGGAGCUGCCAAUUUCCUCAUUUUUUCCCUUUUGAUUCCUUUCAUUCAUCGAGAAGGAACAGUAGGCCAGCAGGCUCGUGAUGCUUUGCUCUUCAUAAUGGCCCUGUCUGCAGAGAACAAUGUUGUUGCAAAUCACAUAGUAGAAAACACAUAUUUUUGUCCGGUGCUCGCAACAGGACUGAGUGGCCUCUAUUCGUCUUUGCCUACAAAGCUGGAAGAAAAAGGAGAAGAAUGGCACUGUCUGCUGGAAGAUGACUGGCUUUUAUCCCCAGCUCUUGUCCAGUUCAUGAAUUCCCUAGAAUUUUGCAAUGCAGUAAUACAGGUGGCACAUCCCUUGAUUCGUAACCAGCUUGUGAAUUACAUUUACAAUGGGUUCCUGGUGCCAGUAAUGGCUCCUGCACUCCAUAAGGUGACUGUGGAAGAGGUGAUGACCACAACUGCAUACCUAGACCUCUUUUUGCGUAGCGUUUCAGAGCCAGCUCUGCUCAAGAUUUUUCUCCAUUUUAUCUUGUUGCACCAGCAUGAAAAUAUACACAUCCUAGACACACUUACAAGCCGGAUCAACACUCCAUUUCGGCUCUGUGUGGUAUCUUUGGCAUUGUUCAGAACACUCAUUGGCUUACAUUGUGAAGAUGUGAUGUUACAGCUAGUUUUAAGGUACCUGAUCCCAUGUAAUCACAUGAUGUUGAGUCAAAGAUGGGCUGUGAGGGAAAGAGACUGUUACUCUGUAUCUGCUGCAAAACUACUGGCUUUGACACCAGUCUGCUGCUCUACUGGGAUCACAUUGACUCUUGAAAACCAAGCAAAAGAUUACAUCCUCUGGACAAAGGCUGCGCACAGUGCUGGCUCUUGCACAAGCCCUUCUGAAUCCACGUGUAUUGUAGAAUAUGGAAGAGCUGUGGACAUCAGUUACCUGCAGUACCUGUGGGGAGCUCAAGCCACCAUCCUCCAGUGCAUGAAAGACUGCAGGGUUUGGUCUGCCCCAUAUGAUGGGGAAGACCCUGACCCAGACACCUUUAUUCAAACGCUGGCUGAGGAAAACACUAAAAAUUUGGAGCAGCCCAUGUUCCGACUCCAGCAGAGAAGUUCCAGCAACUGCAGCUCCUCUCAGAUGACUCCCAUGGGAGAAAAGAUGCAAUUGGAGCUGGAAUGGGAUGACAGCUAUGACACAGGAAUUUCUCCUGGAUCUAAUGUGAGCUCACCCCAGGCUUAUGAUGAUCUGGGAAGUGGAGAGGCACAGCCACCUGCAGAGCCACCAAAGCACAUUCAAGAGAUGAAGAAGAAUGCAGUCAUGCUCAUCAAAGGGUCUUAUGUAGAGGAAUCUGAUUUUCAGGAUGAUGUCAUGAUUUACAGACUUUGUGCCCAAAAGGAUGCUCAGGAUAAUGACAGCUCCAAGGAGGAAACUUUAAAUACAACCAGACAGUCAAAUAAAACAGUUCAAAGCCUGUCUUCUGAUAAUGGGCCUCUCACAAAGCCUCAGUCAGAUGGGGACUUGGAGGAACACAGUAAGAAAAAUUCAAGCUUAACUCAUGAUGUAACAAAGGAAAAACCAAACCAGGAGACUGCUGCAGUGCACCCAAGGCCAAAUUUAGAGCUGAAGCUCUCUUCUCAGGAAGCAGAUCAUAAUUCAGACAUAAGGCUGCUAAGUCCAGACAGUGAAGAUUUCAUUAUACAGUAUGACAAAAUUAUUAAAGAACUAAAUUCUAAUACUAUGGGCUUGGAAGAGGAACAGAAGUUGGUGAGCUUUGAACCUUUAUCUCCAGCAGAAGAGGAGGAGGACUUUGAGAAUUUCUCAGCAGACACUCCCUCUGCAGAAAGCAUACCAUCUCCAUUUGGAGUAAAGGAGGAUGCUUCUUCCAAGCAUCAUUCAUGGAGCCGGAAUGCUCCAUUUACAGGACCAUUUAUCAGUGUAGUGCUGUCAAAACUGGAGAAUAUGCUGGAGAAUUCAUUACAUGUGAACUUGCUGCUCAUCGGGAUUAUUACUCAGCUGGCCAGUUACCCUCAACCUCUCCUUCGUUCCUUUCUACUCAACACCAAUAUGGUGUUUCAGCCUAGUGUACGGUCACUAUAUCAGGUGCUGGCAUCUGUGAAAAACAAAAUUGAACAUUUUGCUUCCAGUGAAAAAGACUUUCCAGGUCUUCUCAUGCAGGCCCAGCAGUACUUGCUUUUCCGAGUGGACAUGUCUGAUAUGGCUGUAGAGUCACUGACCAAAGGUAACAUCCAGCACAACAGUGGCACGGGGAAGGGAAGAAAUCUUUCCGAAGCUUCCCAAGCUGUAUUCCAGCCUUUCCUGGGACAUAAGGCAAAGAAAGCAAUGGCUCUUCCUGGCAUUCCCAUGUACGUGAGGAAUGCCAUCCUUGCAGCUGCCCUCUUCCCCGAGUUCCUGAAGGAAUUGGCAGCUCUUGCCCAGGAACAUUCCAUUCUCUGUUACAAAAUCCUGGGGGAAUUUGAGGAUUGUUAGCAAUGUUGUUUUUACGGAUUUUUAAAAGCUUUUAGAGUUGGAACGGUUUUCAGUGCAAAGCUGCUUAUGAAAGAAAUUCCUACUGGGCUAUUUCCUGAAAAUACUUGAUUGGGGGUGGGGGGGCAGGGGGGAAUUGGGCCUUACGAUUUCCCACUGUGCAACAUGCUUACUUGGAGAAGCUCUUUUAUAUCACCUUUGGAUUGUUCUUCCCUUCUCUGCACCCACAUCCCUUCCUUUACCUCAUUGCUCCCUUUUUAAUUUCUUCAGUAAAUGUUCUUGGAUGGGUUAAAUAAGGCAAAUGUUCUGACUUUUGCCAUUCCAAAAAUCCACUUCUUGCAUAUUCUGCUUCAGGACAUUUUUGGUCUGCGAAAAAGUAGUUGCCCAGUGGGAGAUGUACCUGAUACAUAAAUACAUAGGAAAACUGCACAAAAUCCUCCAAUCAGCUUUUUUUCUGCAAAAGAUCAAGGUUUGCAGAAGGGGGGGAAGGGGUGUUUGUUUCUGGACUUGCUUUUCUUUUUUUCUAAGGAAUGUCUGCAGGCACAUCUCUCAAGCUUCCCCUCCUCCCACUGCUGGUGUUGUGAAUCCAAGCGUCCUUCUGUGUGUUCUGACUAGCUGAAAGCAGGUGCUCUACCCAACACAUACCGUAUUGCCUUAUGUUGCAGGCAACUCUGCAGCUAUCAGCUGUUGGUCUUUGAAGUCAAAUGAACUGUGUAAGUGGAUGUGGAGUGCAGACUGCAUGGAAUUUUCCUUGCAAUUUCUCAGCACUCUUUGAUAAGUACUGCAUUGCUACCUAUACACCCAAGCAAGCCUUAUUUAGUAAGAUUUGCACAAAGUACAAAGCAAAAUGUUUCUAUGCAAGCUGUAACUAAUUUGUAGGAGAUAUUUGUAUGCUUAUGUUAAUAAGCUAAAGAAAAGUAUUUGUUAUCUUUCAGUACCGUUAAAUGGGGAACAGUCUAUUUUUGUUAAGUAGUACUUUAUAUGAAAAGGACAGCUAGCCUCUAAAAGCUGUCUCGUAUUUUUUUAAUGUCUUUCUGGUUGAGGGAAAGCUGAAUGUAACACUAAACACUGGUUAUUUAUUUUUUAAGUUACAUGUUAGCUUUUCCUAAUAUUGCACUUUUGGGGUGGAAUGUUCUGUUCACUAGCUAGUGGAGAGGAAGAACAUGGGAAACUGUCUGCUGGUGACUAACUGCUUAGGAAAAUUCUCUUCGGUGAGUAAUGGGGUUCAUUAGAAGAACCCAGACAUGAUGAAUUGGUGUAUCACGGCUGCAUUUCAUCUUGCUCUUCAUGGAAUAAUUGUGCUUCGAGUUCUGUAGUUGGUUCUACAUAAAGAGGGGCUCAGUUUGUGAAGCCUCAAGUCCCCUUUAUACUGGGAGGAAACUGAAAACAAACCAAAAAACGUGCAGAAACAAGAGCUAUUUGAAGAAAUUGGUUCUGCUCCUGUUACAGUUCCCCAAAACAACCCUCCUUCCCUCUGCGCAUACUAAAAAAUUUCCGCAGCUUCAGGCAUGUCUCCAAAGAGGCUACAUGUGAAAAGCCUACGGUAACAAAGGAACACAAGGUGAUAUUCAGAAGCACCUCACUGAUUUAGGAGCCAAACCUCCAUUGACAUUUGGUGGGACUCAGGAGCUGCAGUCAAUUUAUACUUCUGAAGACUGUACCCACCACCUCUAGCUGGGAGGGGUUUUAGUAGUGCGUGUACGCUUCAAUUUCUGUCUGCAGGGCAUACUUGGUAAAUGUCCUCAGUGUGGCUGUGCAGACUGUUGCCUGCAAGAGCUAUCCUGGUCUGCCUUCUAUUGAUCUGUUUAGACCUUUCUAUUGCACUCAGUUCUGUGCGACUAGAACACCAGCUUCCCUGCCCCCCUACCCUAUUGCAUUAGCACUGCCUCGUACAUAGUUCUUUGGGGUCAAGCCCAGCUCCCUCUUAAGCGGCUUUUCUUCCCUGCUGUGCCUGUUCUGGGGAUCUCUUGCCAUCUCAGCUGUAGUUCCACUAAACUAUGCUGUGGCCUCCAAGCUUUCGAUGUCUAUGCCCCUCCCCACCCCAGCCAUCCACUUCUCCAUUUACCAGCAGCUAGAAAUUUGGAGGAGAUUGUAGUUUCUUAUCCAAUUUUAAUUUGUGAGUGGGAGGGUUCUUCAAGCCCCUUUCUCUCUCUACCACUGGGCAAGCACCAACCUUUGGUUCUCUUACCUUAUCUUAGCAGCUAGGUCCCUGACCCCACAUAUUCUCAGAAGAGCUCUUGAGAGGCUCUUGCUUCUGCUCCCAGAAGCUGGGCCUAGAGAUAGACAAGUGAAACAUCACUUUCUGCAGGCAACAGACCAGCCUCAUCUGGGCAGGGCCAGCGCCUGUAGACAUCCCUAACCUCUGACCUGAUCUGCCAGUAUGUCACCAAGCUAAGUAAGUACAGGGAAGUUAACCAAAUCAAUCACUAAGCAAACUUCAGUAAAUUAAAACUAAGUUGUGGGUUCAUUUCUAAUAUGGCAAUAAUACUAAAGAUGUGUGUAUGAGGAGGGCAUUUCCCAGUUUCCUUGUCUCUAACCAGACCUUUCACUGUUUUAGAGUGUGAACUGUUGGGGUGGGGAUAGUUUCCACUGGGACUGUUUAUUUUAAAUAGUCAUUUUUUAACAAAUGUGUUAAUACAUGACAAUAAUCUUCUUUAUAGGCAUAAUAAGGUAGAUGGAGAUUUUAAAAUGUGGACCGCACAGAAUGUAUCUAAGCAAUUAUUCCAGCCUGUUGAAUAAAGCCAAGUCUACAUUACAAAGCUGUGGGGUAGGGGUGUGA